ACUGGACACUGCUGGCACAGGAUACACUGUGCUGCAAUGCUGGCAGCUGCUCAGGCAGCCUCCAACACUCCUCUUCGCUGGGCUCGGCUCCUGGGGACAGCACGGCGUGCCAUGGCUACCAGCCUGCUCCGCGUGUCCCCUCCGGAGGAGCUGCUGCGACCCCUGGCUGUGCCGGAGCGGCUGCUGCUCGGGCCGGGGCCCAGCAACGUGCCCCGCCGCAUCCGGGCUGCGGGAGCUCUCCAGCUCCUGGGCCACAUGCACCCUGAGGUGCUGCAGGUGAUGGAUGAGAUCAAGGCAGGCAUCCAGUACGCCUUCCAGACACACAACAGGCUGACCCUGGCCGUCAGUGGCAGCGGCCACUGUGCCAUGGAGGCUGCCCUCUUCAACCUGCUCGAGCAAGGUGACACCGUGCUGGUGGCCAUCAAUGGCAUCUGGGGACAACGUGCUGCUGAUAUUGCCAGGAGGAUGGGAGCCAAUGUCUGUGAGCUGCUGAAGCCCCCGGGCAAGUACUUCACUCCACAAGACAUUGAGCAGGGCCUGGUGCAGCACAAACCUUUGGUGCUCUUCAUCACCCACGGCGAGUCCUCCACAGGGGUGCUGCAGCCACUGGAGGGGCUGGGCAAGCUGUGCCACCGGCAUGGCUGCCUGCUGCUGGUGGAUGCUGUGGCAUCGCUUGGGGGAGCCCCCAUCUUCAUGGACCAGCAGGAGAUCGAUGUCCUGUACUCGGGGUCCCAGAAAGUCCUCAACGCACCCCCUGGCAGUGCCCCCAUCUCAUUCAGUGAGAGAGCCAGGGAGAAGCUGCUGAGGAGGAAGACGAAGCCCCCAUCCUUCUAUCUGGACAUGGGAUGCUUGGCAAAGUACUGGGGCUGUGACGGGGAGCCGCGGAGGUACCACCACACGGCACCCAUCAACAGCUUCUUCAGCCUGCGGGAGGGUUUGGCCUUGCUGGCAGAACUGGGUCUGGAGAGCUCCUGGGAGCGACACCGGGCCAACUGCACCCUGCUGUGCCAGGGGCUGCUCGACAUGGGGCUGGAGCUCUUUGUGGAGGAGGAGAAGGCCAGACUUCCCACCAUCACCACCGUCAGGGUGCCCGAGGGCUACAACUGGAAGGACAUCACUGCCUUCCUGAUGGACAACCACGGCGUGGAGAUCGCUGGGGGCCUGGGCCCCACGGUGGGCAAGGUCCUGCGCAUCGGCCUCAUGGGCUGCAACUCAACCAGGGACAACGUGGAGCGAGUGCUCGGAGCCCUGCGAGACGCCCUCCAGCGCUGCGGCCGCAGCCGGCUGUGAGCACCCUGCCGGGGGAGGUGGCCUGGCACUGCCUGGCAUGCCUGGCAGCAGAGGGACUCCACCGCCUCCCUGGGAUGCUGGCAGGAGCCACGGCAACAUCCAGCAAGCCAAGGCACUUGGAAAGGAGCUGGGAUAGCAGGGGGCAUGGAGGAGAGGGCUGCGCUCAGCAGAUGUGAGACGUGGCUCAAAACCAUUCCUCCCAUCACCCUCCAAUGGCCUGGCCCCUCAGUUCUUUCCCUUCCCCUGGCCCCAGGGCAUGGUGACCCUCAGCAAGCUGACAGAGGGCUGGAUGCAAGGUCUGACCACAGGUCUCUACCCCUCCCAUCACCAACAACCCCAGCCUUGCCCAGCCUGCUGUGCAGAAUGCCAGCCAUCCUCCUCCAGGUUCUGUGCCAUGCAGCACCCAAUGCCCAGCUCCACCAGGGGCUGUGUAUGCUCCCCCCAGCUCCACCAGGGGCUGUGUAUGCCCUCCCCAGCUCCACCAAGGGCUGUGUAUGCCCUCCCCAGCUCCACCAGGGCUGUGUAUGCCCUUCCCAGCUCCACCAAGGGCUGUGUAUGCCCUCCCCAGCUGCAGCAGAUGUGCUCUCUCCCCUGUACCACCUUUCCUCAAUAAAAGGACCCAGCAGCAUGCUG